AUGAAUGUGUACAUCCGGGGCCGUUGUUUCAACGACGAAGAGGUUUCUUCUUGUUUAUAGAAGAUCUUUGAUGUUUUGGCACACUCCGGGCUGUGUUCCGGAACCAUAACGCGACUCUUUGGAUACUCUGCAUGUACUCAUGGAGGAUGGUGCCGCAGAGAGUAAGACGGGUUCUUCCUCGGUUUCUUCCUCCGAGGCUCCGAGGACCCCGAACACGGAGCUGAAGAAACUUCUGCUGUUCAAGGUCUACAAGAGGAGGUGGUUCGUCCUGCUCGUUCUGUGUCUGUUGAACUGCUCCAACGCCACGUUAUGGCUGACCUUUGCACCAGUAGCGGACCAGUCUGCCAAGUUCCUGGGGGUCACUCUGGAGAAGAUCAACUGGUUGUCAUUGGUCUACAUGGUGGUGGCCAUACCGCUCAGCUUUGGGUCCACGUGGAUGCUGGACACCCUCGGGCUGCGGACCACGCUGAUUUUGGGGGCGUGGCUGAACAUGUUCGGGGCCCUGCUGCGCUUCAUCGGGGCGUCUGUGUACCCGGAGAGCCUGGGAUUCACAGCCAAGUACCUGUUGGUGAUGUCGGGUCAGACCCUCGGGGCCAUGGCUCAGCCCCUCUUCAUUUUCACCCCCACCAAGGUGGCGGCUCACUGGUUCCCUGACCACCAGCGCGCCACCGCAAACAUGAUCGCCUCCAUGUCCAACCCUGUGGGCAUACUACUCGCCAGCCUCCUGUCUCCGAUGAUUGCUCAAACACCGGCGCUUAUCCCCGAGCUGCUGCUCGUCUACGCGGUGCCGGCAUGCAUCGUCUGUUUCCUAGCAACGCUGGGGAUACGGAGCAGCUCACCCCCCACGCCGCCGUCGGCCAGCGCCGUGUCCUCCAGCUCUGAGCCGUACCUGCAGGGGAUCAAACUGCUGCUGACGAACAGAGCCUACCUCGUGCUGAUGCUGUGCUUCGGUUCGGGCGUCGCGGUGUUCACCUGCUUCUCCACGCUGCUGGAACAGAUCCUGUGUGUGCAAGGGUACACCAACAUCUUCGCUGGCCUUUGCAACGCCCUCUCCAUCGUGUUUGGCAUUGUGGGUGCCGCCAUCCUCGGCGUCUACGUCGACAAGACCAGGAAGUUCAUCGAGGCCAUGAAGGUCAACAUGAGCUUCACCGCCCUGUCGUGCAUCGCCUUCUCAGUGGUUUUUCUGCUGCAGCACCAGAGAACUGCUGUAGCUGUCGUCUGCUCCCUUUUUGGUUUUUUCGGGUUCUCCAUAUACCCGGUAGCUAUGGAGCUGUCGGUGGAGUGUUCGUAUCCCGUUGGGGAAGCAACGUCAGCCGGACUUCUCUUUGUAUCGGGACAGAUUCAGUCCGUCCUCUACAUCGUCCUCCUUCAGUCUCUCACUAUACGCCUCGCGGACUCUCCGCUGUCGACCUGCGGGGACAUCGUCCUGAGCUGGAAGGUGCCGCUGAUGUUGAUGGCCGGGCUGUGCACCUUCUUCAGCUGCACCUUCGUGAUCUUCUUCAACACGCGAUACCGGCGGCUGGAGGCCGAGGAGCAGGCGGUGUACGGGACCAAACCGAGAGCCGCCUCGACGGGCUCCGAGGACGCUCCAAGAUCCGAGGACUCUCCGGGCUCCGAAGACGCUCCGAGCUCCGGGGACUCUCCGGGCUCCGGGGACCCUCCGGGUUCCGAGAACUCUCCAGGCUCCGGGGACGCUCCGAGCUCCGAGGCCGCGUGUAACGCGUAAGACGAGAGCGACGGAGGGAAUUAUGGGAUGGAUCACACCUGCAGUUUGAUUUCUGUGGUACGAAGGAAGUUUUAUUGGUGACCUCGGAUUCAGAAGUUUUUUUCUUUUUAAUCGAGACAUUCCUGUUUAGUACGGCACUGGGGCCACAUGCAAUAACAGAUUAAUUAUGUUGCUAGUAAUGUCAAUGAAAUCCUCUGAAUGUUACAGAAAGGUGCAUCGAUAAACUCAGCAGAUUUUAUUGAAAUAUUUGAGACUUUUUACGCAAAAAAAAGAAAAUAGUUGUCUGAAUUGAACAUUUUCUACACCGAUCAUAUCGAUAGCUUUGAUUAUAUUAAUAGGCAAACCAAAAUGCUGCUGAGCUGCUCUCGAACACACCGCCGGUCUUGUGGCUGCGUUGCGUUCAGGUGCAGAGAACAACGGUGGACUCAUGGACGGACAAACAGAAUCCUGAUGUUUACAUUCUGGAUCAUUGGAUUUGAUGCAUUGCCACGUUUGUAUUGUACUAAAACCACUAUGAAAGGUUUAUGACACGCUAUGAAAACAAUGCAGUAACUUUACAGUCUGCAGGUUCUCUGAGAGCUGAAUGUAUUGAUCUGUGAUGACACAUGUUUUAAUGAGCACAUAAACCAAAACAGAAUGCCAUUGGGGUUUUUUAUUGAGACAAAAAACCAACCCCUCAUUACAGCAUAUAACUACUUAUUAAUGACAUGUGUAUAAAAUGCUUCUGGUUUAAGGACGGCAGACAAACCAUUUAAAGGACGUGGAAGCCUUCCAGGCUUUAUAGAGACGGGGGUGUAUUUUGUGCAAUAAAGGGAAUAAAUACGGUGCUGAUUCCUGUA